AUGUUAAAUACAGAUCGAGUCUUCACCUCGCUCAGAUCGAUCAAUCUUGUAUUGAUUGGUGCUGUACUCCUGAUCAUGUUGAUGAUGAUGAAUGCAUCGACAUGUCUCGGUAUUUCUGCUGGCAAAGGAAAGCUCAAUUCCAAAUUGUGGAAAAUCACAAAAUUGGCCGCCACCACCACCAACGCAACAACAGCAUGGCCACAAAUUGGUUUCGAUUCCAUGCAUACGAGACGUGUUCCUUACUUGGUGGAUCAUUCUGAUUUUGCCACCAAUCUUUCCGUUCCAUUCCUUCAUGAUAAUUCCUACUCUUACAAUUCGGUUAUCUUUCACACUGGUUUACAGAAAUUGAUCAUGCCAGUGGGACAAGUUUAUUCCAAACCAAAUGUACAAAUCAUUUACUUGGUUGGAUUUUAUUUGAUUGAUGUAAAAAGUGGAAAGGCAGAAAAAACACCUUUCCAAUUAGAACAGAGAUACUCAAUGGAGAAUAAUUUACUUCUCGAUUCCAAGGGAAUGCUCUAUGUUCCAGUGUAUGAUAAUUUGAAUCGUUCUGGCACUAGUUUACUCAAAAUUAACACCAAUGAUUGGACCUCAUUUUCCAUUACUCCUUUAACACCUUCCUAUCAACAAGUUAGUUCCAUAAUUUCAGAGGAGAAUAAUUGUCUUGUUUUCUUGGCAUCCAAAUGGUUGAGUUGCAUUGAUUUGGAUAAUCCAAAAAAUGUCAAAUGGAAUAUCACAACUCCUGAGGAACCAUAUGGAGCUAGUCAAAUGUUGAUGGCCAGGGAGAAGGAUCAAGAUUUUAUUUACGUGUCAUUGAUGCAUUACAUUAUGAAGAUUUCAGUUUCUUCUGGAAAAGUCAUUAAUUCUGUUAGUAUUGGAACAUAUUUCCUUUCCUCAAUUAAUCAUAUGGGAGUGGAUGGAUUUUUAUCAUUUUCAUUUUCUAAUCCAACUCAUUUUGGUGUCAUGCACGUUGAUUCUGGAAAUUACAACUCUGUUCCACAUUUUGGAAUUGUUGGGGUGGGAUUUAUGGUUUCUCUCACUUAUUUAGAUCAUUCCUUAUUGUCCUCCUACGUUUUCAAAACAGUUGUCUUUUCAAGUGAGGCCAGAACCACCAGUAGAGCUAUUCACAUUUACACAACUCUAGUUCAUGUGAGUAGUGACACAAGUGUCAAAAUCUCCAAACCAUUUGCCUUCUUUGGAACUGAUUUGAAUACCAGUUACGAAGUCCCAAGAGCAAGCAUUGCAAAGGACAACUCAAAACUUGUCUAUUACACCAAUGGAAGCUACAGUGUUUUUGAUAUUAGUAAAGGAAAGGUCGAGAAGGUUGUGCCAUCAAAGUGGAACUUUGGAUAUGCCAAUAUUAUCACUGCUGAUAAUGGCAGAGUUUAUAGCAUGGUUGAAAAUGCAAAUCUUGGCCUAGAAUCGUAUAAAUUACAAUAA